AUGGGUCCUAUAUAUAUGCCGGAACCUACUGAGGAUAUUUGGACAAAAUCAACGCAAGGUUUUUUUGAAAAAUGGCAAUUUCCUAAUUGUAUUGGAAGUGUAGAUGGGAAACACGUGACAAUUAAAUGUCCUAAUAAUAGUGGAUCAAAAAACUUUUGUUAUUUAAAAAAAUUUUCAGUCGUAUUAAUGGCAAUUGUGGACCCAGACUAUAAGUUUAUUUGUAUAGAUGUAUACAUUUGUAUAGAUGUCAGUGGAUAUGGACGAAACUCUGACGGGGGAAUAUUAGAAGAAUCUAUUAUGGGUAAGCGAUUAGAAGCUGGGACGUUGAAUGUACCUGAAGAUAAGCCUUUGCCCGGUAAAGUUGAAAAAUCGCCUAUGGUUAUUAUAGGCGAUGAAGCGUUUUCAUUAAAAACUUAUAUAAUGAAACCAUUUCCUAGACGACAAUCACGAAAUGAUAGAAAAAAGGAUACUUACAAUUAUAGAUUAUGCCGGGCACGAAGGGUAGUAGAGAAUGCAUUUGGAAUUUUAGCGAAGAAAUGA